GGCAUUUAGCAACAUUUCCUGAUAAUAUAUAUUCUUCCAGGAUAAUAAACAGUAAUUUCCUAACGGUUCGCGUGAAUUAUUACCCCGUUAAUACUGUCUAGCUAUUUUUCUUGUCUUCUUUUGGUAUCUUGGCAUCCUGCUCUGUCCGAGAUACAUUUUUUAACCACGACAUGAGAAGACAAGCCAGCUGAGACAUGGAUGCCUUCAAACUGAUGAAGGAGCUGAGGCUGAAUUACGACCAGGAGGUCUAUUAUCUCCCCAAGGAGACUGGCCUAAGUCUCAUUGAGUCCACUAAUCAGAAGGAUGGGCGGAUCUCUGCCAAGUGUAGAGAUGCCAAAGUGGAGGACCUGUGGAGUCUGACCAGCUUCUUUGGCUACACCACGCAGACCUUCGUCCUGGCUGUAAACCUGCUGGACAGAUUCUUGGCCAUGAUGAGGAUCCAACCGAAACACUUGUCCUGCGUCAGUCUCAGCUGUCUCCACUUGGCUGCAAAAGUGACGGAGGAGGAGUGCAACCUCACGCCCACGGACGAGCUCAUCCGCAUCGGACAGUGCAGGUUCACCGUGUCCGACCUCGGCCGCAUGGAGAAGAUCAUCACGGAGAAGCUGGACUUCACGUCCAAAUCUGUCACUGCCUUAACCUUUCUGCACUUGUACCAUCAGAUCACGCUGUCUCACUCCACAGAGAGGAAGAAGAUGCUUAGCUUGGAGAAGCUGGAGGCUCAGCUCAAAGCCUGUCUGUGCCGGAUCUCCUUCUCCAAAGCGAAGCCCUCCGUCCUAGCAUUGUCUCUCUUGAGGCGGGAGAUUGAAGCCAUUCACUCUGAGGACAUGCUGGAAAUAGCUCGCCACAUCCAGAGACACCUGAAGAUUGCAGAUGCUGACCUCCUGCUGUGGCGCGGUCAAGUUGCCCAGUGUUUGUCGGACUACGACUCGCCAGAGUGCAGCAAACCCAAUCACAGGAAACUGCAGUGGGUCGUGUCCCGCCGGACCGCCCAGAACCUCCACAGCAGCUACCGCAGUGUACCCGAACUACCCACCAUCCCUGAGUGCUGCUGGGACGAGAGCGAGAGUGAGGACUCCUGCGAGGACAUGAUGAGUUCAGGCGAGGAGUCCCUCAGCAGCUCCCUGGGCAGCGACGCAGAAGGACCCUUCUUUCCAGAGCACCUCCGCCGCCAAAAACGCCGCCAAUACCUCAACGCCUGAUGCCUCCGCCAGCGACGUCUUUUAAUUUAUUUUCUAAUAAGCUCCUGUACUCGACCUGAACGCACAACAUGUGGCAGCUGAAGAUAUGCUUUUUUUUGUCCUUUUUUUUUUGUUUGUAGACGUGUCGUCGGUGCAUGGUGCAAUGUCGCAUUCCAAGACAACUUGGUUAGGGUGCCACAACUACAACGGAAACCUUCCAGUUGUCUUUAGGAAGGUUGAUUUGCCAAAGUAUGGCAUUUAUUGAACAGAGAGUUGUGUUGACUGUUAUUAAUCAGUUUACUGAUCUCCAGAAGAAGAAGGCAGCUACAGUUGAGGUCAUCUGGACAUCAUGCAAGUCUGCUCGGGUCUUGCUAUGUACGUACGUCCACCUCACCGCAAGGAUGUCAGACGAAAGCGGAACAAAAACAUUUUUGGCAAUACAUCAUGAAUAAUUUCCUGAAAAUAAUUUUUCAGCAUUUGAAUGGUAAAAGAUGGAAAGGAGGCAACACAAUGUCCACAUGUGACUAAACAUCCAGCAACUGCAGCUGCUCUUCACCUUCCCGGUUUGUUUCAUUUGCACACUUUAGAAUUCAAGACUGAAUGCAUGACUUUGGGACGAACGUGUGACAAAUGUCGAUUAACAUUUUUGUUGGGUUUCUUCCGAGGUUGCUCCUGCUCAAAGCAGGGUCAAAAAAAAAACAUUGUUGAAUAAUCUGAUGAGCGUGUUGUGUUUGUGCUAAUGCGUGUGUUUGUACGAGUUAAAAGUUGCCAAUUUUAAGAUGUAGCUCUGACAUUGUCCAAAAAGAAUGUGAAAAAAAGUACAAAAAAAUAUGUAUAACACAAAAUGCACACAAAAAUGUAAAUGAUGUAUAAAAAAAUGUUAAUAGUUUUUUGUAGAUAUUAAGUUAAUUUAUUAUUUUGUCACUUGUGCGGGAAAAAAAUCUUAUAAAAAUAUUAUUUUUAAACUGUUAUCUGUCUCUUUUCUUUUUUAUUUUGGUAAUGUCACACUGCAAAUAAAUUAAAUAUAAAAUGCUGCACCUGCAAUUGUUAAGGUUCAGCUACAUUGGUGUCCAAAAUGUGGACUGGGGUCCAUUUGUGG